GUGAAGAAUCAAGGUGUGUAACGAGUACCUAGCGGUGACAUGAGUGGCAGUGAUAGUUAAUGAUUUCGCGUUGUAAUUAGCACUGCAGCCGCGGUGUGGUAGGAAGCUAAAAAUUGCCCUUCAAGUCGGUUUACAUGAGCAGAAAUAUACCCAUAUAUUAUACACGCAAGGUAACCAUAUCCCGAAAAAAAUCCUGCUUACCGUCUAUCUCUUCGUCUAGGCCAACACGCCAUGUCAACAAUGGGUGAUGUAGCAAGAAAUGUGUUGCGGACUGUGAGGGAGUCGAGGCGGAUGAAACGAGGACACACAGGUGAAGUGAAGGCAGUCGUAUUCUUCAAAGACAGUCGACGGGUCGUCACUUGUUCAGACGAUACAACCUUGCGAAUUUGGGACGUGCAGAAAGGAGCAUUGGUAGGAGGGCCAUUCGAAGGACACAGAGACUGGGUGCGAUCAUGCGCCAUAUCCCCGGAUGACAGGCGAAUUGCCAGUGGGGGAAGGGACAAGAGGAUCAUCAUCUGGGACGUCGAGAGCAAGCAGAUGGUAUUUGAACCGCUGGUGGAGCAUACACACUGGGUGGAGUCUGUGUGUUUCUCCCCCAAUGGAAAGAGACUCGCCAGCGGGUCGCAAGACUGCACAGUUAUUGUAUGGAAUGCUGAGACUGGUACAGUCAUCACAACGCUGGACGGUCAUCGUGGAUCGGUAUGGAGCGUGGCGUUUAGCCCAGAUGGCCUAAAAUUAGCAUCCGGAUCAUCGGACUGCACCAUCCGAAUUUGGCACACCGUUAAUGCCGAGAUUCUUUUCGAGAUUAACGCUCACAAAAAUCCGGUUCGAAGCGUUGUGUGGUCGUCUGACGGCCAGCAACUUGUCUCUGCAUCAUAUGGAACAGUCAAGUUCUGGAAUUCGUCUAAUGGGGUCCAAGAUGGUUUAACUUGCACCGGUCAUACUGACUGGGUCCGCUCGCUCGCCAUCUCUUCUGAUAACUCAUUCAUUGCCGCUGCCUCGGACGACAAGACUGUGCGGCUAUGGAGCACAACGACCCAUCAAAGCAUAGGUCAGGCAAUUGAACACUCCGACGGGCUUUUAUGUGUUGCAAUUUCUCCGGAUGGAAAAUGGCUUGUCAGCGGAGAUAAUCAAGGGAGGGUUUGGUUCUGGUCCUUGAAGAACAUACUCAAGCAACAACGACUUCCUGAUCGAGCUUUUAGCACUCUGUCAAAUUCGAAUUUGAGCGAUCUUGCUCACAGUGAAAUCCAGCCUAGCGAUGGCCGCAGCACAAUCAACAAUCCACAAACUCAUGAAGCCUCUAGCAGUAAAUCUAGAUUCUCAUUCGACUUCCUUGCUACAAACACGACGGUUCCAAGUGCAGGAUCCUUUCAUACAUCUGAAGAGCUACCGAUCCAAGAGAUCGAUGACGAUGGCAACCAUUCUGACUCUUACGCCAAUCUCUCGAUUAUGAAGGCGCAAAUUUCCGAUUGGGAUAAUGCACUUCAAGACGCAGACAAGUCCAUUUCCAUUCGACCCUCGUUGAUGGGCUACAUUUCUAAGGGCAUUGCCCUAUGCGGCAGUGGGCAGCUUUGGGGUGCUAUGGAAGCUUUCGAUCUCGCUUCCGUGUUUUCAAAUCGUGAUCCGAUGACCAUCGAUCUUUUACUGUUAAUCAAGGCUGUUGCGCUUUUCAAUGCUAGUCACCACGACGAGGCAAUCCGGCGAGUUCAAGGUCUUGCCACCGUUUGUCAACAAUUAGACACACUUCCUUGUACGGUUGUUGAUUCAUAUCUACGUGUACAGCUUGCAAUAAUCGACUUCCGUGAUGGACGCUACAGCGAAGCCGCUGAUAAACUCACGGCCAGUAUUGCCACCGUAACCAGAUUAGUCUUGCGCACAGCACAUUUGGAACCUAGAUUGAAGAUAUUCAAAUCACUAUUCGGCUGGGACUUGGACUCGUUGUGGCAAACUGUCAACCAAACACGGUGUAACGCGUUCCUUCACGCCGGUCGACUGAUCGAAGCAGUCGAAUCUCAUCAAUACAUGAUAAGCAUGAUAAGCAUGAUUGACGAUGUUGCGAAGGACGGUUUCCUUGAUUGGUCUACCGGUAAUUAUUUCAGGAUACCAGGCAACCGACCAUCGGUACUCAUAGUGGUGCUCAUUAGCCUUCAAGCAAGACUGCAUUGUGCGUUGUAUCGCAAGGGCACAGGAGGCUGUUUCUGCGAGUGAUUAUGACGCUGCUGUAAAACUCUAUUCGGGGGCGAUUGCGCUAGAUUCCUCAAGCCACUCCCUAUUUGCACAUCGCAGUCAGGCGAAGCUGAGACUAAACUUACACGUGG